AUGAAGGAGAAACGGCUGGUGGCUCGUGGUGGCAGGGAUUUGGUGAGUGGUUUGGUGAAGGAGAAAUGGGUGGCUCCAAUUGAAGGUGGCCGUGGUCGCGCGGUGGCCGACGUUGAGGGUGAAGGAGAAGGCUCAUGGAGGUGGCGAGGCGCGAAUGCGUGCGUGACUUGCGGUGGGUUUGGGGGUGAUGGCUAUCAUGACAAGUGUAGUGGUGGAGGCAAGAAGUGGGCUGGAAAUGGGAGGCUUGGUGAUCGGGAGAUGGAAAUGCGACGGCUAGUGAAGGAGAAGGGUCAAGAUGAGGGGUGA